AUGCGUGUCGGGAAUGCCGACGACGCAAAUCUAAAACAAUAUUUGACGGAGGUCGAGGAGGAACUGACGCGGACUAAAGCCCUGCUCUCUGAGCUUCUCCCCGGGUCCAGCCGUGACAUUACCCAUGGCGAACGAUUUACUUACCCUGAGCAGGAUAGGACCGGCGACCGGGGUCUGACGUCCGAGAUCGCUAAUCGUGAGGGAUCAUCAGAGCAGCCGGAGAGAGCCUAUCUACCCCACAGCAAUAUCGGAUCCGAGACGAUUCCUGCCCCGGAGGUCCCCAGCCAACCCUCGCUGGGUGUCUUCAGCGCUUCUUCACCCAGUAGUGGCCAGCUUUACGAUUACUCGGAUAGGAGCCAGACAGGGAUCUCCCACCGGGCUCAUCGCCGAAGCCAGGACGCUGUAAUGUCUAUGGAGACGCCCCCUUCCGCGGGGAAUGUCAAUUUCGAAUGGGACGAACGCACUGAGGACCAGGGUGGCGAUGGGUUUGUGGAUGGCAUGGCCAUUCUACCUAGUCGUUCUAAUGACGGUGGCUAUUUAGGCACCGCAUCUGGUGCUGCAUUACUGCGAAUGACAAACUCCCAAUCUGGUGGGGAAAGGCUUGACAUGCCUGAGCCUGGUCGCCCAUUUGAAACAGCAUCUUCCCAUCAGUCACCAAGCGUCCCUUUCGCCCUGAGCUCUCUGUCUCAACUAGAACCAUUUGUCGAUGCUUACUUCUCCCUUUAUCAUUGCUCAUAUCCUAUCAUCCAUGAAGCGACAUUCCGUGCGCAGUUCAUGGAGGUCAUUCCACGGCCAACCAGCAACACCUGGCAGGUACUAUUAUACGUGGUAGCAGCCUUGGGAGCUUUUACAGCUGCAGUAACGCCGACUGAUGUGGAUUUGGCUUUGUUUAAGGUGGCAAAGGCUCGCUUAACAAUUGAUGUACUGGAAACUGGCAGCUUAAUCUUAGUUCAAGCAUUGGCCUUGAGCUCAAACUACUUGCAAAAGAGGAACAAGCCAAACUCUGGGUAUAAUUAUCUUGGGCUUGCCAGGCGGACUGCAAUGGGGAUCGGGUUGCAUAAAGAGUUUCCCACUUCGAAAGCCUCUCCGCUGGCAAUGGAGAUGAGACGGAGAGUUUGGUACUGUCUCUACAUCUUUGAUGUUGGCGCAAUCAUCACCUUCUCGCGGCCCUUAGAAUUUCCAGAGCAGGGAAUCGAGACUCGCCUGCCAUUAAACAUCCAUGAAAGUGGUAUUACUGCAAGCACACAGACUGCCCCAGCCCCAGUGGCUGAAACUACUGUGUACACACAUUUACGGGCGCAAGCGAUGUUCCAUCUGAAAACAAACCUGAUCUACACCAAGAUCACCUCGACCUCAUUCCCAUCUGCGGCUGAACUAAUCGAACUAGAUGACCAUCUCAUUGGCGACUGGUUGGCAUCUCUUCCUCCCUUUUUUAACGAGGAGGUCAUCCAGGCGCCGAAAUUUGCUCUCUGCCAUUCCAUCCUGCGAUGGAGGUAUCGCAAUCUCCGAAUCCUGAUGUACCGGCCGUUUCUAGUAGGAAAAUGGAUGCUCAACUCCGACCAUGGCCCGGAUGGCCUCCGUGAGAAAGAUGAUACGCAGGUAGAACUUGCCAUCCAACGAUGCUUUGAUGCCGCCCGCGAAUCGGUCGAGCUUAUCUCAUCAUUCUGGGCACAAUAUCAGAAAACAACUAUGGCUUGCUGGUAUGGUGUAUACUUCUUGUUCCAAGCGAUCUUGAUCCCUGUGAUUUGCUUGCGCAACAAUCCGUCAGAUCCGGCCGCCCAUGGCUGGCGCGAACAGAUAUUCCAGGCAGUCAAUACCCUCGAGUCAAUGGCGCCACUCAAUGCCAACGCUGAACGAUUUCUUAGAGUCAUUCAAUCUCUCUGUGGUUGCUAUCUCCAUCCUCGCAGCAAUGGCUGGGAGGGCCCAAUCCAAGAAUCACCAGAGACACAGAUCGCUAACCUAUACCCUCUUAUGUGGCCAACGUUAGAGAUGGCACAGCUUGAUGGUGUAGAUUCUGCUCUGCAGCAAUCUGUGAUCAGCGACUUCAUGCACCAGGUGACUGGUCUGCAAUGA